UUGACAGAGGACGAAACUCCAUAAAGAGAGCAUUGUAUAAAUAAUCUAGCCGAGCUCCUUCUCCUUCACUUCAGUCACCUUUCCUCUCUGCGUUUGUUUCCCAUUCUCAAAGACACUUCACAAACACGUUUCUCUUUUUUCUCAUCAUCAUGGCCAGACCCCAACAACGCUAUCGUGGAGUACGCCAAAGGCACUGGGGCUCUUGGGUCUCUGAAAUUCGCCACCCUUUGUUGAAGACUAGAAUAUGGCUAGGAACUUUUGAAACAGCAGAAGAUGCAGCAAGAGCAUAUGAUGAAGCAGCUAGGCUCAUGUGUGGGUCAAAAGCACGCACCAAUUUCCCAUACAACCCCAAUGAGCCACAUUCAUCAUCAUCCAAGCUUCUCUCUGCCACUUUAACGGCCAAGUUACAUAAGUGUCACAUGGCUUCCCUUUCCCUUCAAAUGGCCAAGCAGAAACCACCACAGAGCAAAGAGCCUCAACCAUCACAUGGGUCAUCCAAUCCAUUUGCCUUUGCCAAUGUCAUUGCUGGAUCAAGCGCUGACACCGGUUUUCGAUGGCCAGAUAACAGACAUGAGGAAUUCAGAUGGCUUGAAGGGAAUUGGGUUGGUGUGGAAGGCCAGGUUGAAGUUUCCCAUCAACAGUUUCAGCCAGUUCUUGAAGAUGAUCACAUAGAGCAGAUGAUACAGGAGUUGCUUGAUUAUGGAUCAAUUGAGCUUUGCUCUGUUGGCUUAACCUAGACUCUAAAGUAUAAUAGCAUUCAAGGUUUUAAAAAACGGUCUGCAACUGUGUUUUCAGCCGCAACAUAAAGGUUUUUGGAGUGUCUGCUACUGCAAUGCAGUCACAAUUGUGGUGACUGCAUUAGUUGUAUUUGUCUGCAAUUUUCUGUAAUAUCAAGGAACACGAUAAACUGCGAUCGCGAUCGUUUUUUAAAACCUUGAUAGCAUAUUCUCAACUGGCAAGUGCAAACAUCUCUUUAGGGGUACUAAUUCACCAUGUAAUAAAUAAAGGUAUAAGCUUCGUUUAGUACCAAUGGAAAAUCUUAGUCACCUUUAGUUUCUGUUACUUCACCAAUUAGUGGACAACAAUAUGCGGAACCAGAAUGUAGCCAAUGAUGCGAAUGAAAUAUCGUGCAUAUGAUGGACUAUAAUAGAGAAUUUGUAUCAAUAGAGUAAAACUUUCCAGCUUCUGUUUUUGUUUAUAUCCUACUACUAUAAGUUGUCCAAAAUUCUUCAAAUAAAGCAGGAUGAAUGUGGGACCUUGUGUUAGACAUGAUA